UUUGCGCCCGGAUUGGUUACGAACCCAGCGCAGGGAUGCGUCACUUCCGGCAGCGCAGACAAGCAGUAUCAGCAGCAUGGCUCUCAAUAGUGGGGAUGAGGACUUUACAUGGACCCCCCCAUCUGAGGCGGAGAUGAAGGUGAUCGAGGCUCGCCGUGAACGCCAGGACAAGAUCACCAAACUGAUGGGGGAAUACCUGCUGAAAGGCUACAGAAUGUUGGCAGACAGCUGUCAGGAAUGUGGAACCGUUCUCCUUCAAGACAAGAAACAGAAAAACUACUGCGUUGCCUGUCAGGAGCUGGAUUCUGAUGUCGACAAGGAUAAUCCAGCUUUGAACCCGCAAGCGGCCCUGUCUCAAGUGAGGGAGCGACAGCGCGCUUUCAACGGCCUCGCGGAGCCCUUCGCCUCCCGCUCCGCUCCGGACCCCUCAGCCGAGGGCGGGGCCCCGCCCGCCCCCUGGGUGGAACCCCCUGAGCCGGCCCCUCCCCGCGCCGAGGGCGACUGCCUGGGCGCCCCGCGGGCCCACGCCCUCAGGGAGGGCGAGCGGGCCGUCCUGCAGAAGCUGGCGUGGGCCAGCGGCGAGCUGGAGCGGGCCUCGUCCGUGGAGUACAGCUCGCAGCUCUGCCUCUUGAUCAGGAACUGCGCCGACUCCUUACACAGCCUGAAGCGGCUGGUGUAGUUGCAUGGCCGGGCAGGGGGAGGGGUGGUUCUUCCCGUCUCUCCGUCCCCACCUUGAAUCUGCCAGUGCCGUUCCACACCAGGUCUGGAAGGCGGCCGGGAGGUGGGGGUGGGGUGGGGUUCCCUGUUCUCUGAUAAGUUGGCUCCGUCUCAUCCUCCCAAGCGACGUGAAUGUCCUGCUAUGGCCUUUUGGACCUCCUGCCACACUUAAUCUUGUCGUAUUGGAGACCAGUGGGAUUGCCGAUGGGGUAUUUAGCAGUUAACCGCACUUAUGGAGCUUCAGUCCACUUGGCCUUGAGCAGGGUUGCCAACUCAGGCGGAACGUAUUCCUGGAGAAAUCAUCACUCGAACACCAAACCAACCCAGUCAGAGAGUCCCCUUGUUUCUCCCGUCUCCAAUGUUUUUGUAACUAAUAAACGCAACCGUUAAAAUUA